AUGCCAGACGAUCCACCUCUGCGAACGCCGCCGCCGCCGCCAUUGUCGCAUGACAGCUCCACCGCUCAGGACGACAGCUCCCGACGAACAAUCACCCAAAACAUACAAAAUGGUCUCUCGGCUUUCCUCGCGGGAAUGAAGCGCUCAACUGGCUUGACAUUCAAAACCGACCGUGUCGCGGGCGAGAGCAAAGAUUUGAACAAAUGGAUCGACAACUACCUCGGCGUCGGCGAAUGGGUGAUGGACCAGUCCGUGGCCAUCGCAGGGAGCUCAGGCUAUUUUGAGCGCACUCGAUGA